ACCAUUCCUUCUCGAGAGUCCCGUCAAGGAUCCCGAGGGUCAUCGAGGACUCAUAACACUCGGAGUAUGCAAAGCUUUCUUCAAGUCAUGAUGUCGCCAUGUUUGUGGUCCGUCGAGCGAGGUUAAUAAUCAAGUUAAUUGCAGGUAUAUUCUUCAUCAGUUAUCUUGCACUUCAUGUAGAAGCCAAGAGCAGGAGAAAGCCCUCUUGUUUUGGAGGGAACUUUGAUAGAGUAGCCGGUGAUUGUAGAUGCUUUGAUGGAUGGUACGGGAACAAAUGCCAGUAUGGCCGUCAAAGGCUGACAGCAUUAGAUGGCAUCAUUACUGAUGUACCCAGACAGCAUGGCUCAUCAUCAAAGUGCCUUUGGCUUAUACAAGCAAAAACGGCAAAUUCUACUAUCCAGUUGAGUGUGGAUCAGUUUUGGUCAACUUCACCUUGGUACAGUCUGUACAUAUAUAAUGGCUCUUCAUUUCGAGCACCUUUAUUGGCUGCCUUUGGGGGCAUUGCCAAGGAAAACUGCACUGCUCAMAGUGUCACUGGUUGGAUCAGGACAAGUUCAAGUUCAGUGCUGAUUUAUUUUUUUAGAGAUUCAAAUAAUAUAAAUAGUGGAUUUAAAUUAAGAUAUAGUAUAAAUAAUUGUUCAUGGUCGUGUGGUUCCCAUGGUUUUUGCUAUAAUGGUAGGAAGUGUUCAUGUGAUCCAGGGUGGACUGGACAACACUGUAGUACUAAAGUAUGUCCUUACACUUGUGUACAUGGAACCUGUAACACAUCUACAUGGCAGUGUGAUUGCCAAAUUGGCUAUUCUGGUCAGUCGUGUAAUAUCAGCAGUCAAUAUGGUGCAUGGACCAGUCAUGUGGCAAUAAACCAAGAUAUAGCCCAGAGUCGAGGGGCAUCUGGUGCUGGCAUCAUAGGCAACUGGCUUUGGAUAUAUGGUGGUUUUACAAUUGCUGAUAGACCAUUAAAUAGAAUCAUUAGGUAUAGUUUUUCAAGAAAUAUAUGGCAAUUAGUUAGUGUUUCUAAUUCAAGUAUAGCUGACAGACCAAGCGUUAAAUAUGGUCUUUCUCUUGUUGUUUAUAAAAAAUCAUUGUUUAUUUUUGGAGGAAUAACAAAUAAGGAUACCACUUCCAAUAGUCUGUGGAGGUUUAAUACCUCCACAAGAGUAUGGACGAGAUUAAAAGGGACUGGUAACCCAAAUGCAGUAGCAGGACAUACUGCAACAAUUGUAAAUAAUAAAAUGAUAGUUAUUUUUGGUUAUGGACCACUUGGAUUUUCAAAUAGAGUACAAGUCUAUGAUUUAGCUACCAGUAGGUGGGAGAUUCUSACUGCAUCAAAACAAGGCACCUAUGGGCACACUAGYAAUUAUGAUCCAGUCACUCAAUUAAUUUAUGUACAUGGUGGAAGGACCAAAACAGGAUAUUCUGAUUCUUUAUAUUCAUAUAAUCUGCAAUCCAAUCACUGGACAUAUCUAUCAGGUAGCAAAUCAGCCCGUUUCCUUCAUUCUUCUGCCGUAAUUGGUAAUAUGAUUCUAGUGUUUGGAGGGAUURCAUUUACUGAUGACAAAGAKUCCAAAUGUCCCAACACAGUUUUUAUGGUCUAUGAUAUUUUAUGUAACAAAUGGAGAACAAUUCCUCAAAGUCUACAGCCACAGACUGCAGGAUUUGGACAUUCAGCAGUGGUGUACAAUAGUAAGUUAUGGAUAUUUGGUGGUGUCAAUGGUGUAAUGAAGAAUAAYGUGAUGAGCUAUUCUCUAGGWGACUGUUCUCUUUGGAAGGACAGACCAUCAUGCAACUCUGCUUACAUCUUAUCUGGCUGUUUGUGGGACCGAUCUCUGAAAGCAUGCAUCAACCCUGAAAAYGGCUAYAGAAGGCUGAAUACUCUUGACAAGCCAUCCUGUCAAGAAGAGUGUAGUAGGAUAUCAUCCUGUGGCUCAUGUAAUAUUCCUGGCAUAGACUGUAAAUGGUGUGAUGGUACAUGUAAAGAAAGCUCUGAAUCAUGCAAGGAAUUGGCAGUUAAGCAGUGCAAGUUCACCAUACUGUGCAAAGGUACCAAAUGUCCAUCCCAGAUGCCACCAUGUGGACCAUACCAAGAUUGUAAUCAGAAUUGUGAUCAGUGUAUUAAACUGCUUGGUAAUAAACAAGGCAGCGCAGACCUUCAUAUGUGGUGUGAGACACAGAAGAGGUGCAUUAAGGCAGACAGUUAUACUGCAGUGUUUCCUAACGGACAGUGUAAUGACUGGAUAACUGCUGAUUGUAAAGCUGUUAAGUGUUCAAUACACCAGUCAUGUGAUUCGUGCCUUACCAUACCAGGAUGUGGCUGGUGUGACGAUAACUCUGGUACAGGGAGUGGAUUUUGUACUGAGGGGGGAGGUGAUGGUCAUUAUACCUCAAGUUAUUUAUCCACCAAUGUCCUAAAGUGCCCUAAAUGGUACUACACCCAAUGCCCAGCCUGUCAGUGUAAUGGACAUAGUAUCUGUGACAAAGGAACUUCUUGCUUGAACUGCAAACAUCAUACUGCAGGGAAGAGAUGUGAAGUAUGUGUAUCUGGGUACUUUGGUGAUCCAAGAAAUGGUGGUACAUGUCAAGAAUGCCAGUGUAAUGGACAUGCUAAACACUGUCAUCAUAAGACUAGCAGAUGUGAAUGUCUUGUAGAAGGGGUCAUUGGUCAUCGAUGUGAAAGAUGUGAUAAAGAAAGAAAAUAUGAAGGCAAUGCUACUAAUGGAAAAUUAUGUUAUUAUCGACUGAAGUCAAUGGACAGAAUUAUUUUCAAUGUGUCUGGCAAAACCAGCCUGAACAUCAAAUUUGCUCCUUUGAGUAAAGAACAAGACAUUCAAUUUGAAAUUAAAAUAUUGACUGGUCCGAAAGCUUUAAUGAACAUGUCAUACACUCAAGAUUACCCAUUCAAAUCAAAGAGAAUUCCAAUUUUCACCAAAAAAGAGUUAGGCGAGGUCAACGAGAAGUUUUCCCAUAAAGAUUUUUUAUUUCGUGAAAGAGAAGUUGUUUUCCAUGCCAAUAUUUACAAAAUGGACAGAGAUGCCUCAUUCAUAAUUGAAGCAUUGUUUAAGCAACAGUCCACUUUAAAUAUUAACCUUCUUGAGUUCUUUCUCACAUUCUUCGGGUGUUUUUUAUCCUUGCUGUUUGUGGCAAGUAUUGGCUGGAAGAUUCGCAGCAGAUAUCAUUCAUAUCUGGUAACAAGGCAACGAAGAGCUGAGAGAGACAGAAUGGCAAAUCGUCCCUUUGCAACUAUACACCUCUUACUACCAAGUGAUUUAGUUGUUUUAAGCAAGUCAUCUCCAAAUCCUGUUGCAAUGGAGCCUCUUGCAAAGAACAAAGUUGCAGUUGCAUCUGUGAUGGUACUCCUUCCUGCUGGCGAAGAAGGUGUCACCCCUGUUGGACAAUGUGGAGUUUGUUUUGGUAGCAUGUUGAUGGCCCAUGGAAACCACCAGCACACUUGUAUUAGGUCAAGAAUUGGACAUAAAAAAACUAAAAAACGAGCUACCAUGACAACAUAUCAUCUAUGAUUGAAGUUACUAUGGAAACCUUCAUUGUUAUUAUCAUUGGGUUAAAGAAACCAUGAUUCAUGUUGUUGUCCAUGGCAAGUAUUCUUUGGGACCUUGAAGUCACCAUGGUAUCUCAACAUCAAGAAUGGAAUAACCAAAAAUAUCUGCUAUGAUCAUAUUACCCAAUAUGGAAUUGUGCAUUAUCACUUGACAUCAAAAGUACAUGUAGUUUUGAUUGCAACCAAAAGACUCAGAACUGUUGUAAAAAGUUAUGUAUUAAUGAACUCAAGGAAAAGUAAUACUGAACAGUUGUUAUAGCAACAAAACCAUUCAUUAGAGUUAGUAGAUUACAGGAUCCAUGGCAGCAUUCUACGGUAACUAUGGCAAUGUGUUUACAGUAACUAUGGCAACAUAGUGCAAUUCCUAGGAUUUACUUUUAUUGGACCAAGGCAAUGUACUGCAGCAGUAACUAUCAGCAGAAGAGAGGAGUCUAUUAAUGAUUACCAAUCAUAAGAAAAAAAACAGAAAUAUGAACCUUUUUUUGUUAUUUCUAAGUAUUUGAUGGAUAAAGUUGAUAUGUGAUAAAACUAUUUUCCUAGUUAUGUCAAAUGAAUGACUUUUGUGGACAUCUUGCAUCUACUGCACCAUUGAAUUUUAGCAGUCCUUGGAAUUCUCUUAAUUGGACAGCAUGGAGUCCUAUUACAUAUGAUUAUGGACAUACUAGUUUUCAAAAUCAGAAUAGACCUUUUAUGGGUAUUAAUUUUUGCAAUUUUAACAAAUAAUUGCAAAUGUAUGGGCAUUUUUGCGUAAAGUUUUUUGUGAGUGUUUAAUUUUACAAUUUUUUAAAAAUUGCUGAAUUAAAGACUUUCAAAAAUUUGUGCAAAAACAAGGUAAAGUGGUGUUUUCUUGAGCUUCUUAAUCCUUCAUAUAGGUAGGUUUCAACUGUACAUCAUGUUGAUAAAAAACAGGAGUUAGCGUCAUUUAUACCUGUGAAACGCUAAAAAAGUUACUAAGUAUGUAAUAUUUUUAUUCAGCAAAAGGAAAACAAUAUGUUAUUAAGAUCUUUUACUUACUAUUCACAACUUUCAAAAAUGGCACGGUCACUAACCAGGGCACAUGGGAUGAAGGCCAGCGUCCAUAUAUUCAGCUUCCAUGGUGUCUUGCAAGAGUGGUUUGUUAUAUAUAACAAACCAAUACAACUUUCAAACUUUUGGACACCACCGCACAUGUGAUCUUCGUAGUGAUUUCUAGAUGUAAGGCCUUUGAGGUCUCGUUUUCAUGAUUCGUCACUAGUUCCCCAAUAUUGGCGGUCAUGAACUACUGUCAUUUUUGAAAGUUGUGUAUGAGCUAACUCUUUCCUGAAAUGACUCUAUUUUACAGAAUUCAUACUAUAGAUAUUAUUUGGUGAAGCAAGUAGCACCUAACAUUAUAACAGUGAAGAUAAUGCAACUAACAAAAACAAUAAUGCUUUAUAAAAAUUACAUUAUUUAUUAUUUUCAA